AUGCCUGUCCAGCUUCGCGUUCCCCGAUUGGUUCGUGUGGGGAGUGAUUUCUCUGGCUUGGACACAGGCAUUUUCGCUUUGAAGCGGUUGCAGCUGCCGGUGGAAGUUUCAUUUUGCAGCGACACAGACCCACACUGCAGAAAACUACUGGAAGCUGCUCACAAGCCAAAAUGUUUUUUCGACGAUGCCGAACAACGAAAGCCAGAGGAUGAGAUCCCUGUGGACGUAUACAUUAGUACCCCGCCAUGCCAGCCAUGGAGUUCACAGGGAAAAAGGAAAGGUCUCCAAGAUCCCCGGGGGAGGUUGCUGAAAGUGCCUUUGAGGUAUACAAAGCGGCACAAACCAAGGGUCUUUCUGAUGGAGAAUGUGAAGGGUCUCUGCCACCGGAAAAACAAACCGGUACUCCGCGGCAUCCGAGCCACGUUAGAGAAGCUGGACUACAGGGUCUGGCUUGGAGUCUUAAACGCUGUGGAUUUCCAAAUCCCGCAAAAGAGACAAAGGCUCUUCAUUGUCGCGAUCCGCAAAGACUCCUGCAGGAGACCUUUCAAGUGGCCCAAAAAACUCGGUAAGCGAAGGCUGUCAGAGGCCUUGGACCCGAUGCAGGCUGCAGAUCGGCCUGGUCGGUUGCCGAAAAAUCAAAGAGCCAAGGCUUUGGCUUUGGCUGCCUGCCGAAAAGUUAACAAGGAGGGCAUUGACCCACGACAGGUUCCUGUUGCCAUAGACGUCGGCUGCAGCCAAAAAUAUGCCACCUUUGGCAUUGAUGUCAGCCGCACCUUGAGCCAAGCUCGCGCCAAGACAGGCGGCUUCUGGAUCAGUAGUCGUGGAAGGUAUAUGACUACAAAUGAGAUGUUGAAGGUGUCUGGGUUCCAGUCUUCUGAGAUGCCAGAUUGGAACCAACAUGUAAGCAAGACUCAGUUGCAAGGAAUGCUCGGCAAUUGCGUGCCGAUUCCUUUGGUUGGCUGUGUGCUCCAAAAUGCCUUGUACGCAGCUGGCUUGAUUUCCAAGCUGGCACCUUUUCCAGUCUGA